AUGUUCUGCCACUCUGAUUCCUCUCUCUCCAACUCCACAUUGACCUCCAGGUCAAAUACACCACUCUCCAUAUCUGACUUCCAGCUUGCCAAAGUUUUUCUCCUCUCCCCUGCCCUACUCGACACACAAUUCUUGAGAGAUUUCUCUAAGAACUUGGAUAAGGGAUCUGAGGACAGGAUUGUGAUUCCCAUUAACCACUGCGAUGCAUUGACCAGUGACUGGAUUCAAGAAGCCAUCAAAACAUUACCUUGUGUUGACCUUGAGGGAAAAUGCUGGGAGAAGCACCUUGUUAAUGAAAGCUUUUACUUCACUGAAACGCGCGAGGGCGUCGAAUUUGAGGAAUGGGUGAAAGUUUGCACGAGCAGUGGCAAAUUAGCUACAAGCCUAGCACAAGCCUUGAAUAUCUUUGCCUCCGUUGGUCUCCGUCCGAUCUUUGGACAAUCUUCGCCAUGUGGAAGGAGCACAUUAUAUGUCUUGGAGCGCUCGUCUAUAUCCUUCCCGCCUCUUGAUCGUACGAGUCCGUGGGGUGUCCCGACGAAAGAAGAAUGGAAGGACGUAUGGGCUGCCUGGGAUCUUGUUACACUUGGCAUGAUCCCAAGCGUUAUGUUACACCAGAAACCUAUUGAACUGCGACACAAAUGCUUGUUUUACAUUGGGCACAUACCUACAUUCCUCGACAUGCUUAUGGCCCGUGCUCUCAAUCAGCCAAAUUCUGAACCUUAUUUCGCGCAGAUCUUUGAGCGGGGUAUUGACCCUCAUGUCGAUGAUCCGGAACACUGUCAUAGACACUCUGAGGUUCCCACAAAGGACGAGGAUUGGCCUACCCUUGGAACGAUCCUUGCCUUCCGCGACCGUGUGCGUACGCGCCUUCUGGCGUUAUACGACGAUUUAGCAUCUGGAAAGCGCAAAAUCAACAGGAAUAUCGGCCGCAUGCUUGCGAUGACCCUUGAACAUGAGGGUUGGCACAUUGAGACACUUCUCUACAUGCUCAUCCAGCGUGCCGGAACAGGGACGCUCCCCCCACCAGGAUUCGUCACCCCGCCAUGGGAAGCGCUGUCUGCGCAAUGGGACGCUUCCUGUACACCCCCUUCUUCAUCGACUAUCACCCUUGGCCCUGUCACCAUCACGCUUGGGCACGACGACUGCGAGGGCAACGACUUUGAUGAAGGCGUAUGCGACCAGGUUGAGGGACACGAGUUUGGCUGGGACAAUGAGAGCCCUUCACGACAGGUGCAGGUGGGGAAAUUUCAUGCUGAGUGGAGGCCAAUCAGCAAUAGAGAGUUCUAUGCUUGGUGGGUGAACAGGAAGGAAAUUGGUCUGCCACCCAGUUGGGUGGAAGGAGAGGAAGAAAUUCAGGUCCGCACUCUCUAUGGUCCUGUGCCAUUGACCGUCGCGAAGCACUGGCCGGUGCUUACGAGUUACGAUAUGCUCAGUGAAUAUGCAAAGAGUAAAGGCGGGCGACUACCCACAGAACCGGAGCUAAGGCUCUUCUUCGAUACGUAUGAGGUUGGAUUCGAAGGUGGGGCGAACGUAGGUAUCAGAAACUGGCACCCCGUUCCAGCGACUACUGGCCUCGAGGCAAACGGCGGUCGUGGAAGCAAUGGUGGCGUCUGGGAGUGGACUUCGACACUGCUCGAUAGCCACGACGGAUUAUCGCCAACGAAGCACUUCCCAGGGUACUCCACAGAUUUCUUCGAUGGGAAGCAUCAUGUUGUUCUUGGAGCAUCAUACGCUACAAUCCCGCGUCUUGCUGGACGGCGGACGAUCAGGAACUUUUAUCAACACAAUUAUACAUACCCGUGGGUUGGUGGGCGGAUAGUAUAUGAUGCGUGA